CUAGUACAUAGUGCUUCAUAUAUUGUUCUCGAUUAUCCUCCCUUUUGGUGAUGGCUUUUUCGAGAAUUUAACCAAAAUCCUACCCGGUUUUAUACGGUCAGUAACAACUAACAAGCAGACUUGCAUAAAAUUCCAAAAAUCUGACCGAAAUUUGGUGGAAAGAUUCAUUUUUUCAGCUCGUUCUCUCUCAACUUUCUCCUUCUCAGCAAAAACGUUUUCUCAUCGUUAGAUGAUCACACGCAUUUAUAUACAAGAGUUACUACAUCAACACAUCCUCCAUUCUCACUCAGUUCGAGUAGUGUGUGAGAUUGUUUGUCGGUGUCAUCAGUGGUUUUUUUUGUCGAUUUUGGGCGUAAAUUUUAUCUGUGAUCCUUUUAAUUUCGCUCUUUUGUUCAAAUUUUCUCAAGAUUCAAAAUUGUGAAUUUCCUGACCUGAAAUGGACUCCGAUUCAUGGGCUCGUAUUGCUACUUACUCUAGACGUCGAUUAUCCCGAUCAGAUGUAUAUAAUGGAGAAGGCUACGAAGUGGAAGAGGAGUCGAAUCCUGAGUAUAUUUGCCCAUUUUGUGCUGAGGAUUUUGACAUGGUGGGCCUUUGCUGUCAUAUAGAUGAAAUGCAUCCUGUAUCGGCCAAGAAUGGGGUGUGCCCUGUUUGUGCGAGAAAUGUGGGGUCGGAUCUUGUCCGCCAUUUGACCGGGCAGCAUGCAAGCCACCUAACUGACAAUCUUUUCCUUUGCAAAUUGCAUCUCAAGUUUUCGAGGAGGUUCCUGCGAAGAGGGACUAAUUCACCAUUUUCAAUUCUCAGAAGAGAGUUGAGAGAUGGGAGUCUGCAAUCCCUUUUUGGUGGGUCCUCACAUUUGGGCUUCUCGGCCCAUACAGAGCCCGAUCCAGUGUUGACCUCGUUCAUACUCAGCUCGCCUGUGGUUGACAAAUCUUCUAGUGUUCAAUCUCUUCCUUCGGUUGAGGCUGGCUCAACUGCCGAGCACUCUGUUCAGAAACUUGAGGAUAGGUAUUAA